UGUGCGCCUCGUGUUUACAGACAGCCGUCAUAAAUUCAAUUUCCAGAUGUCAGCUGCUUUAAUAUUAAGCACGGAAGGUAUAGUUUGGAUUAUAAUAUGAGUCUGUGUCGGGGGGAAAGCACAGAAUAAAUAAGACGAAUCUUUUAGUAAAAAUUAACAUUAUAUGACGCAGAUUUUAUGAAGUAUUUUGUGGAUGUCUGAAUGUUGAUGUGAUUGGAAGAAGCUGAGGACUAAAAAGUUGUCAGAGGUAAAAUCUUCUGUAAAACGGCUCAUUGUAACGUUACAGCGCGGUGUAACAUGGCACCUGCAAGCAGUGAUUUAAUGUGAAAAGUCAAAUAUGGACGAAGAAGAAGAUCUGGAGACACUUGGUGAGAAACUGUACAUUCUGAUUUACCCCAAACACAAAGAGAAUGCUGGAAAACUCACAGGUAUGUUGCUGGAGCUGCCAGGUCCUGUGCUGAGUCAGAUGCUGCAGGAUGAAGCCACGCUGACUGCUGCUGUGGAGAAAGCCCUCAGAGCCCUGCAGCUGGCACAGGAUCCCAGCAAAGUAACAUGUAAGGACGAGGAUGACGCAUCUGUGUCCUCUGACUCUCUGGGGGAGCAGCUGUUUGACCUGGUGGAUGUUUACAACACAGGCCACUCGCAGAAAAUCACAGGAAUGCUUCUGGAGCAGCACAAAGAGGUCGUGUUAAACCUUCUUUCAGAUCCAAAACUGCUGGAAGAGCAGGUGAACUUCGCCCUGAAGACUCUCAAGGAACAGAACAUGGAGGAGACAGACAUUAGUGACAUGUCGGAUGCUGAUGACACAGAGAGGCUUGGAGAGAAGAUCUUCUCACUGGUGGAGGAGCUGGAUCCACUUCAUGCAAAUGAUAUUACAGGUAUGCUGCUGGAGAUGGACCCAGCUGCUCUCCAACAGCUGCUCAGUGACCACUCGAUGCUGGAAGUUGCCGUUCAGAAAGCACAAGCAGCGCUUGACACUCAGAAUCAAACUCUCUCUACUUGAAGAGAAGAGGACAGGAACUAUUUGCACACAGAAUGAGACAUUAACAAAUAAAUGACUUUGAUGAACUCAGAUAACAUAAUGUUGGGAAGAGCUGGCACAUUACUCCAGGAGAUCAUGGUAAUACAAAUUACUUAUAUAAGUAGCUAUGUUUGUUUUAUACUGACUGUUGGAAGGUCUACAUUUGACUGGACUUACUGUAAAUAAUUAAACAGUCUAAUGAGCCUUUUCUUAGUUGAAAGUAAGCUGAUAUUGCCCCUUUUUUAGCAGAGGUGCUCAAUUUGCUAGUACAAUAUCGUCUUUCUCAGAUCAGUGGACUGAACACGUGCAAGUGCCAGUGUCGCUUGAUGAAAAUGUUUGUAAAAAGAGAGGAUUUAAUUGUAAGGCUGUAAAAUAAGUGUUGCCAACGGUCAUGCUAUGACAAUUUAUUAGAUUUUGUUUUUGUACUGUACAUAACAAUGUAACUGUGAGAUGGUGAAAUGUCUUUGCUAACAGAAAUACAGCAGAUUAUAUAAAACUAAGGAUGCUGCAAAUUUUUAGCCAUGCACAUGACAUGGCUCUGUGGAUGUCAGUUGUGAUCUGACAGUCCAUCACUUUGGUCCUGAUUGAAAUGUCUUACCAGGGUCACACUGGUGCAUUUGCAUGUAUAUUAAGUAGAAAUUAAAUGCAAACCUGACUGUAAAUCCCCUUCAUCACCAUCCCACUGCUCCACAACAUUUCACCUACCUCCUGGUAUCUGAACCUCUAAUACGCUGUGGAACAAAAUGUCUUAGCAUAGCCUGUGUUCCCUUGCUAGCAGUUCAUUUCUUGUUAGAUCUCUAUCAGCCAAUACUGUCUUUAAUGUCACUGAUCAUAUUUUCAUCACAUUUGCAUUACGAGUUAUGUGCAAAUGUGGCAGCUCCACUGGUUUUGUUUUCUGUAGGUACACGCGCUUGCCAAAACGUUUGCUACAUCUUAAGCCACAUUAGAUUUAGAUUUUUAUUUAUUUCAAACAUGUAAACAGAAAUGUCAUAAGAAAAGAUUUAAGACCCUCGGAGUGAUAUUUAAGACCAGUUUUACAUUUUAGGGUCAAUUUACUGUAAUAAAUAACAUUACUUUUCUGAUCUAGUUGAAAAGUUGGAUGAUCUACUUCAAUGCUGAAAAAAUAUUAAAACUU